CCCCGGCCCCGCCAGCCCCGGCAGCUCCCGGGACGGCAGCCUCCGGCGGGGCAUUGCCCUUUUAAGCUGUUGGCCCUAUUUGCCUCCUCCCCGGCUCCCGGGGGGGCUCCGGCAGCCUCCCGCCUCCCUCCUUCCCUCCCUCCCUCCCCGCCCGCUUCCCUCCCGGCGGCGGCAGCUGCGGGGCCGGGGUGCGGAGAGACCCAGGGCGGCUGCGGGGCCGGACCGAGCCGGGCUCCUCCUGCGCUUUCUCCUGCUUUUGACCCUGCCUCUGACCCUGCCCCUUCUGUCCCUGCUCCUUGUUCCUUCUGCCACUUUUCCUGCCUUUGCCCCUUUCUCCCUUCUCCCCCUUCUCCUGCCCUUUCUCCUUUUCCUGCCUCUGCUCCCCCUGGGACCAUGGGAUGCUGCACCGGGCGCUGCACCCUGAUUUUCCUCUGCACUUUGCAGCUGCUUGCUGCAUUGGAGAGGCAAGUGUUUGAUUUCUUGGGAUACCAGUGGGCCCCUAUCCUGGCCAACUUCCUCCACAUCAUCCUUGUUAUCCUUGGCCUCUUUGGCACCAUUCAGUACAGACCUCGCUACAUUGUGGUGUAUGCCAUCUGGACUGCAGUUUGGGUCACCUGGAACAUCUUCAUCAUUUGCUUUUACUUAGAAGUGGGAGGGCUCUCAAAGGACAGUGAACUCUUAACAUUCAACAUCUCCCGGCACCAGUCGUGGUGGAGUGAAAAUGGUCCUGGCUGUGUCAGGAAGGAGGCCUCAAUGUCUGGCAUCAAAGGGCUGGAGAGCCAUUCCUACAUCUCAGUGAUAGGCUGUGCCCUGGAGUACCGCUACAUCGAGGUCAUGCACAGCUCCUUCCAGAUCCUCCUCGCGCUGGUGGGCUUUGUCUACGCCUGUUAUGUUGUUAGUGUUUUUACAGAAGAAGAAGACAGCUUUGAUUUCAUUGGUGGAUUUGAUCCAUUUCCUCUCUACCAUGUCAAUGAAAAACCCACCAACCUUUUGUUCAAGCAGACAUACCUGCCUGCAUAAAUAAAGAGGAGCCAGAGGAUGGAUAAACCUUGCACUCCCCCAUCAGAGGUGCUGCAGGAAAAAAAAAAACCAACAAAAACAUCCCCCAUGGCCUGGAUCUUUGGCAGAGGAUGAUGAACUCCAUUCCAUUUUUUGUUCCUUGUCCUCUUUUCAAAAGCAAUGAAUGUACACUGAAGAAUGGCCAUGCUGAUGGGUUUUACUUCUCCAAGUGCCCUGAGGAACCAUUCCUACCAAAACCUGGUGGGAUCAGCCAAUAAAUAGCCCAGUCCUGAAGCCCUCAGGCAGAACAACUUCACCAAGAGCCUCCAGAGUUGGAGCUGGAGCUGCUUCUUUGUGCCAUGGAUCCAUAAAGAAGGAAGCACUGAAUAACAACCUGGGACUUUUCAUGUUUUGUAGUCAGUUUCUUCUCCUUUCCCAUGGUCUGAAGAGCUUAAAUCCCUUAACAAUUCCCUGCCUGUCUAGAACUAGGUGGGAGCUAUUUACAUUUGAGUUAUUUAGGCUAUAUAUAUUAUUUUUUUUUAAGUUAUAGAUGAGAGCUUUUCCCAUCUCUCCCCCUUACCCAUCCAGGACUUCCUUCCUCAGCCUGUAUUUCUUUAGACCCACUUGGCACCUUAGCAAUAGGCAUUGAUCCUGGAUUUCAGUGUUCUGUGUCUCACCUCCUAGGAUGCUGAACUGCUACAAAGCAGCACAAGCACCAACUUUUGACUCAGCAUGGAGCUUCACCCCAUCUCACCAUGCAAAACCAUUCUCUCAGAGCAGCUUACUCUGGAUUUGCCCAAUUACAUGAAAUUAACACUGGGAUAGCCACACACACAGCUGAAACCUGCUGUAGGAGGCUGGAAAGUUCUUAGUUCUGCAUGGAGCAGAGACAGUUUGGUACCUUCCUUCUUCACUGAGCAGCCAAGCUUAUUCCAGGCACAAUCCUGAUGAAAAGUGGGGUUUUUUGUGUGUGUGACAGGAUCAUUUUAAGGGGAAGGGAAUGGACUGAAGGAAAAGGGGAAUAUAAGUGUAAUUAAGUUGCAUUAAUGAGCUGCAGAGUUUUGUUAGCUACUUCUCCCAGCAUCUUCAGUGUCAAGAAGAGAAAGAAAACUUGUGAGCCAUCCCUAGAGUUCUUUGGCUGGUUUGUUCCAAGUGCUGUUGCAAUUCUUUUAUUGUCUUGCCUAUUCUGUUUGAAAUCACUUGGCAUUUGGGAGUAAUGCUUUUCAGAAGAGCCAAGCUAGAAGCCAUGCUAGGGAGGGGAAGUGGGAGGGAAGAAUUAACAGAAAUAAAACCAUCAAGUGU